AUGGAGGACUGGAACUCCACCUUGGGAAGCAACUUUAUCUUGGUGGGCAUCCUGAAUAACAGUGGAUUUCCUGAACUACUCUGUGCCGUGAUCACAGUCCUGUACAUGCUAUCUUUGACCAGCAAUGGGCUGCUGCUUCUGCUCAUCACAAUGGAUGUGAGGCUCCAUGUGCCCAUGUACCUCCUGCUUAGACAGCUCUCUCUCAUUGACCUUCUCCUCACAUCAAGUAUCACCCCCAAGGCCAUCACAGAUUUCCUGCGUGGAGAUAACACCAUCUCCUUUGGAGGCUGUGCCCUUCAGAUGUCCCUUGAACUGAUUCUGGGUGCAGCAGAGGACCUGCUUCUAGCUUUUAUGGCCUAUGACAGGUAUGUGGCCAUUUGUCAUCCUCUAAACUACACAACUUUCAUGAAUCCAAAAGUCCUUUGGCUCAUGGUAACCACAUCAUGGAUCCUAGCAUCCCUGAGUGCCAUCGUAUAUACCAGUUACACUAUGCACUAUCCCUUCUGCAAAUCCCGGCUGGUAAAACAUCUGUUCUGUGAGAUCCCACCUCUGCUGAAGUUGGCCUGUGCAGACACCUCUAGAUAUGAGCUCUUGUUGUAUGUGGGUGGUGUGAUGUUCCUGAUCCCCCCACUUGCUGCCAUUCUGGUCUCCUACACACUGAUUCUCUUCACUGUGCUCCACAUGCCCUCCAAUGAGGGAAGGAAGAAAGCCCUUGUCACCUGCUCCUCCCACCUGGCUGUGGUUGGGAUGUAUUAUGGCCCUGCCACAUUUGUAUAUGUCCUGCCCAUUUCCUUUCAUAGUCCCAAACAGGACAACAUCCUCUCUGUAUUCUACACUAUUGUCACCCCAGCCCUGAACCCCCUCAUAUAUAGCCUGAGAAACAAAGAGGUGAUGAGAGCCUUGAGGAGAGUCUUUGGGAAAUACAUUCUGCCUUCCAUCCCCAGGGAUUAG